AUGUCUCUUGAUACAUUUUAUUUGAUAAAUAAAUGUUAUUCUCUUACUUAAUUGGAGAUUAGCUUGAAGGAUAACAUUCGCUUAAGCAUAACAUAAAAUUAUAAUUUAGGAUAAUGCUUCAAGCAAUUAUUAUGUUUAAAUUCUUUAAAGCUUAAAUUUAAUUGCAAAUAUUUUUUUAACCUUUUUGAGUAGCUAAACAUGAGAGAGGCUUAUUAAAAUUUGCACAAUUUGAAAGACUUCUAACUAAUUUUUUAAGAAAAAAAUAAAGAAUUUUAAUAAAUUUUUGAUCAGUUUUUUGAUGGAUUGAGAUAUUCAAAAAAUUUGUAAAGUCUACUUGUAGGUUUUAAAUAGAGAUUUAUAGUGAAAAACUCUAUGUUUUUUGAUAAAUUAGACGAAGAGAUUGGUCAUUUAAGCUAAUUAAAAAACCUUUCUAUAAAAAUUUCAAGGGGAAGUAGUAUAUGUUCUAGCAAUAUGUUGUUGCUAGGAAAGAUAAUAAAUAAAUUACCUUAAUUAUCUAAAUUAAGUAUUUCCACUCCAUUCUCCAAAUAACCCUAAAACACAAAAUUUAUUGGAAUUGAAAACAGUAUUUUACGAUUGUAGAACUUGAAAGAACUCUCUAUUAAAAUAGUUGAAAAUAGUUAAAUAAUUUUGAGUUUUAUAAAAGAUGCAGUUAAUUUGAAUGAAUUUUAGCUCAGUAUUCAAACAUACGAAGGAGACGAACAAAGUUAAAGAUUAUCUAGUACAGAAAUCCCAAAUUUUUUAUAAAAUAUUUCCAAGCUAUAAAAAUUUAAACUUUGUCUAAGCUAAAAAACAGAAAUUUUUUCUUUUAUUUCUGGUGAUUUGUUUUGCCACCUUACUAGAAACCCGAUCAUAGAUUUAUAAUUGACAUUUAAAGGUGAAAUUUAGCUUAGCCAUUAAUUUUUGCAAGAAAUGAAAUCAAAAUUUGAAGAACCAAACUAUGAGGAUUUUUAAGAGUUGUUUGAAAACAUUUCAAAAUUACCCAAAUUAAAUAGUUUAUUCAUAGACUUAGGUGAUUUAAGGUUUACAAAAGAAGAUUGUAUUAAUUUGAAGUACUAUUUAUCUAAUUUAAAGUUAUUAAAUGAGAUAAGGAUUUAAUCCAUUUCAUUUAAUACACUAUAUCUAGUUAAUCUUUUUGAUGAACUCCCUCUAAUUUAAGAUGUUGAAUUAAUGUGGGAUUUUACAAACGGUUAAUUAAUUGAGAUUAUAAUUUAAAAAUAAAUUUACUGCAAUAAAUAAAAGUAUUUUCAAUUUGAUUAAAUAAAUAAUCAUAAUUAAAUUAACACUUUGAAUGAAAGAUUCAAGUUAAAGUUAAAAAUUGAUUAGCUAUUCAAGAAGGAAGAUUUAAUAAGUAUGAGCUGGUGCUUUGAAAAUAUCAGAAAAUUAACAAAUUUAGACUUAAUUAUUUAUAAUAAUAGUAAAGUAACUCAAAACGACUUACAUUAGCUGUUUAUGAAUUUAAAAAUCCUAAAUAACCUUUAAACUGACUCAAACACUAAAAUAAAUAACUAUGCUUGA